CACUCUCUCUCUCUCUCUCACCAACACCUUAGAUGACUGAACCUGCAAGGUCCUCUAGCGAAUCACAGGCGUAGCUUCGGUGAAUCACAGGCAUGGCUCUAACGGCUCAGAUCUAUUGUUUAACAACUCCAGUGAACCGAAGUCGUAGCUCUGAUGACAUAGAUCUGGCUUCUCAUUGUUUGCCCAAAGCUUGUCGAGAAGAAGUUCUGGCCGUGGAACAAGACCCCUCAACUACCCUUAAUCGGUCCUCUAUUGAUGAAAACGACCUCGAUCUAUUGGACGUCUCUUCUAAUCAGGAGAAGUUGAACGAAGGAGAAAACAAAGAAGAGAAUAUACUUGAUGCAUUUAUCAGGAGUUCCAAAAUUCCAAAAUUUAAUCAUGUUGCAUUUAUCAAGAUGACAAGGACUCAAGAAUACCUGGAGAGGGACACUUUCAGAGCUCAAGAGGGUUUGAGAUUUGUGCCUUUUGCGAUGAAGCCAGAUCUCAAGAGGGAUGAAGACGAUGAAGCCUUCAAGACUAUGAAACAUUCAAACGAUGAACCUUUUUGCGAUGAAGCCUCUGGAGGUGUUCUAAAUCUCCAGCUUUAUGCUGUGCCCACCACUUGUUUGAUGAAACGAGGAAUGAUAUCAGAAGUCGCAAUUGAGGGUAUCAAAUUCUUUCUUGUAGAUAUUGGUCCAUGGUCCAGUGGUCACUUCCCACAGCGCCAAAGCAUUUCUCGGGGGGACGGACUGGUGUUCUACGGAAUGGUGUUCUCCAGCUUUAUUUGA